AUGCCCGAACUGGCGCGGUCAAUCCCUCGCUCAUGGACCUCGACGUUGAAACUUCCUAAAUCCUCAUUCCCUCCACGCGUAUCGUCUGUCGAUCGAACCAAAUACCUAAAGCGAUGCACCGAUGAUCUCUACGCCUGGCAACGCCGCGAAAGGCCCGCCGACCAACCAUUCGUCUUGCAUGAUGGUCCACCCUAUGCGAACGGCGACCUCCAUGUCGGACAUGCGCUCAAUAAGAUCUUGAAGGAUAUCAUCUGUCGCGUACAAUUGAGUCGCGGGAAGAGAGUGCGGUACGUGCCGGGCUGGGACUGUCAUGGACUGCCGAUCGAGCUCAAAGCCCUCCAAGGCCUACGAGAUGCGGACAUUACAAGCGGAUCGGUCAGCCCGGCCGUCAUUCGCACAUCCGCGCGGCAAUUGGCAAGACAAACCGUGAAGGAGCAGAUGAAAGUGUUCCGUGGCUGCGCGGUCAUGGCCGACUGGGAGAACCACUGGAAGACCAUGGACAGACAAUUCGAGAUGCGACAAUUGGGUAUCUUCCGGGGAAUGGUGGACCGAGGCCUUAUCUACCGAAAGUUCAAGCCGGUUUACUGGUCGCCUUCAACGGGUACCGCUCUUGCGGAAGCUGAACUGGAAUACAAGGAUGACCAUAUCUCGACCGCCGCCCUGGUCAAGUUCCCUCUUAUCAAUAUCCCCACGUAUCUCGCUGAGAAUCCUCUUCUUCGUGAAAAAGAAUCGCGGUUCGAAUACCUCCAGAAUAUGUUGAAAGAAGAUCUCUCUGUUAUUGUGCCCUCUAUCCUAGGGUCUGAGCUGGCAGAGCAAACUACGUAUCGACCUCUAUUCAAAGGACCUGAAGCUCAGCCACAGCCCAUCUUCGCUGCGGACUUUGUUACUGCUGAUUCUGGCUCUGGCAUGGUUCACUGCGCGCCUGGUCAUGGGAUGGACGACUACGAAGCGUGUCUUGCACGUGGCAUUCCUGUGUUCGCUCCCGUCAACGAUGAAGGCAAAUUCACAGAUAAAGCCAUGCCCCUCGAUCCUACACGUUUAGCCGGAAAACCUGUCUUGGGCGAAGGUAACAAUGCAGUGUUGGAAUGGGUCGAAUCGUGUGGUCAGUUGCUUGCCCAACAUAAGUACGAGCACAAGUACCCUUACGAUUGGCGCUCAAAGCUCCCGAUCAUUGUUCGGGCAACCGAGCAGUGGUUUGCCGAUGUGGCCGAUAUCCGCAGCAGUGCUCUUCGAGCAUUGGAAGAUGUCCGGUUUGUGCCUGAGACUGGAAAGAACCGACUCGAGAACUUUGUGAAGAACCGGAAUGAAUGGUGUAUCUCGCGUCAGCGCGCGUGGGGUGUUCCAAUUCCUGCAAUCUAUCACCGGACCACUGGAGAGGCUGUCUUGACUAAAGAUAGUGUUUCACAUAUCAUGGCUACAAUUGAAGAGCGGGGAAUCGAUUCUUGGUGGACCGACAGUGCGGAUGAUGCUGCAUGGAUUCCUCCGUCCUUGCGGGACGAGGCUGGAGCGGGGUAUCGACGUGGAACGGACACCAUGGACGUUUGGUUUGACAGUGGCACUAGCUGGGCUGAGAUCGAUGUCCCUAUGGUGGACGGUCGGAGUCAUCCAGCAGACGUGUAUCUCGAGGGUAGUGAUCAACACCGCGGUUGGUUCCAGUCUGGCCUCCUCACGUAUAUCUCGCACCAACUCGGCUCGGGCGAAUCCACGCCUCGCGCGCCAUUCAAGAAUCUCAUCACCCACGGUUUCACCCUGGAUGAACAUGGGCGGAAAAUGAGUAAAUCCAUUGGCAAUGUGAUGUACCCGCAGACCAUCAUGGAUGGAACUCUGCUGCCUCCUCUCAAACCCCGCAAAGGCAAAGGAAAGAAGCAACCGGAGAAUCCAGAACCCGUGUACGACGCUCUUGGCCCCGAUGCGCUUCGCAUGUGGGCGGCAAGCAGCGACUACACGCGCGACGUGGUGAUUGGAAAACAGGUACUCCAGACCGUCAACACCAGUCUGCACAAGUUCCGUGUCACCUUCAAGUUGUUACUGGGUGCCCUUGCCGAUUUCAACCCAAAGAACGUUGUUCCAUACGGGCAGCUGCAGCUGGUCGAUCAAAUUGCACUCAAGCAUCUCUCGGACAUGGUACUUACGACGCAGAGGGCAUGCGACAACUUCGAGUUCUACAAGGGUGUGAGCACGAUGAACCGGUGGGCCAACCUUGAGUUUUCCGCUUUCUACAUGGAGGCGAUCAAGGACCGACUCUACACCCUUGGUGAGGACAGCAUAAGUCGCCGUGCCGCGCAAACAACCUUGUUCUACAUCUACAAUCAUCUUCAAGAGGCACUUGGUCCCAUUACCCCAGUACUUGUGGAAGAAACUUGGGAACAUACUCCCGAGUCCAUCCGCAACCAAUCUGAGCACCCCCUGCAGCGUAUUGUUUCCGCCCCGGCUCCGGAAUGGCAGGAUUUAGCCCUGGACACCAGCUAUCAGGAGGUGACAGUGGUCCAUUCCGCCAUCAAAAACCUGCAGGAGCAGGCCCGUAGUAAAAAACAGCUUGGCUCUUCCCUGCAAUCCUUUGUCCACAUUGUGCUCCCCAGCAGUUCUGGGUUAUUCCAGCAAUACCUGUCCGAGCUCCCUGAUCUCUUCGUUGUGUCCUCCAUCACCCUGGCAUCCCCCAGUGAUGCUCUCCCAAAUGACAUCAAGGAUGCUGACUGGCAAUAUGAGGAGACAUUUGAGCUUGGUGGCCAACCAGGCAAAGUGUAUGUGUACGCGCCACAAGCCUCCAAAUGCCCACGGUGCUGGCGGUACGCCAUUCCGGAGCCGGUGGCGAUGGAAAAUGCGAUCUGCGACCGGUGUGAGACAGUGAUACAUGAGGCAAACGCCUAG